CUUUGUGAAUAACAUAUAUCUGUAGAGUGAAACAUUCAGAACACAUUUGUUGCUGCUUUUCAUGGACUUGAUUGUUUCUGGUCCCUACUAAUUUAUCUGUGUCUUUGUUUCUAGGGUAACGGCAGCCGGCAGAGAUGGCCAUUCAUGGGCGAGAUAACCCAAGGAUGUGAAAAUGACGACCAGUUUUCCUGAUGGAUCUCUGAACAAAUGAACUUUUUCAUGAACAUAGCUUCCUCCCCCCCAAUGUCCUCCAACAGUGAAGAGUUUCCUAUCAUUAGCACCACUAUGCCCCAGGAUGUUGUUAGCUCCUCCUCUCCUGCUCCCUCUUCUCCUCCUGCUUCAUCCUGCAGUAUCAAUGAAUCCUAUAAGUACAUCUUCCUCCCCAUAUGUUACUCGUUCACUUUCCUAUUCAGCAUCACCCUGAACUCUGUUAUCCUCUACCGUUCCUUCCGUCAAACGAAGCGCUGGAAUGCCUCCCUCAUAUACAUGGUCAACCUGGCCUCCACAGACUUCAUGUAUGGACUGUCUUUGCCAUUUCUUGUGGCUAGUUAUAUAAUGCAUGACCGCUGGGUCUUUGGGGACUUCAUGUGCCGCCUGGUCCGCUUCCUCUUCUACUUUAAUCUCUAUUGCUCCAUCUUCUUCCUCACUUGCAUCUCUGUUCACAGAUACCUCGGCAUCUGCCACCCAAUGAAAGUGAUCACACUAGAGACCAAGAAAGCUGUCAAGAACACUUGCAUUUUGGUCUGGAUUGUAGUGUUUGCUUUGACUUGCCCUAUUUUCCGGUUUGCUCAGACUGGGCACAUAACCAAAAUGGCUGGAACAUGGACCAGUGCAACCACCACUAUUUACAAUGGGAGCCAUGAUGCAUCUUCUGUAAAAGGCAACAACAGCUACAAUGACCUGGAAUCACUUAUUGUGGGAUACCAGAACUGUUGGGACGAUGCCAUAGACAAAGAGUUUCUUCACUAUGUUCCCUAUGGAAUCAUUCUACAUUUACUGGGCUUUUUUGUGCCAUUUUCCAUAAUUGCUUGGUGUUACUCUCAAGUAGUACUUACCAUAUUUAAGACCUUGAAAUCUCGACCCUCUUCCCGCAAAGGACCAAGAAAUGGAGACUGCAACGUUGCGGAGAGAAGAGGUAGAAGCGGCUCUUCACUUGUUGGGAGAGAAAGCAAUGGUGUAUUGGGGGCGAUAGGGAAGGAUGAUGAGAUAACAGUUUUCCUCGGUGCUCACUCUCCAUAUGCAAGUCGCAGACGUAAAUCUAUCAGGACUAUCAUCACCAUCACCCUGCUCUUUGCUCUAUGUUUUUUCCCCUUCCACGUUACUAGAACCAUCUUUCUGUUGCUGAAGGUGGCUAAGAGAGUCCCCUGUCAAACCAUGACAACAGUAUCCAUGUGCUACAAGAUCACACGGCCUCUAGCUUCCUUCAAUGCUUGGCUCAAUGCUCUUCUGUACUUCCUGACUAAAGACAAGGUGGGGGCUCACUGCUGUCCAGUGGCAAAAUCCUCAAGUCAACAGCAAUCGAGACUCAUACUGCCACUGAGGACGAUGGGGAGGGCAGAGAGUCCAAUCAAGGAAACAAUAGGAGACCAGAUUAUCAAUGAACGAAAGUAAGAAUGUAACAGCCUAAGAUGGACGCUACAGUGAGGAAAAUAAGUACACCCUGCUAUUUUGCAAGUUUUUCCACUUAGAAAUAAUGGAGAGAUCUGAAAGUGUCACCAUACGUGCCUGUCCACAGAGAUAGACAUAAUCUAAAAAAAAAGAAAUCCGGAAAUCACAAUGUAUUAAUUUUUUUAAACUAUUUAUUGGUAAGAUACAGCUGCAGAUAAGUAUCUGAACAGCUUAGAAUAUUUGGUACAGUACCCUUCCAGAGGUCAAAUGUUUCCUGUAGUUUUUUACCAGGUUUGCACACACUGCAGGAGGGAUUUUGGCCCACUCCUCCGGACAGAUCUUUUCUAGAUGUUUCAGGUUUUUGGGCUUUCGCUGAGAAACACUGAUGUUGAGCUCCCUCCAAAGAUUCUCUAUUGGGUUUAGGUCUGGAGUCUGGCUAGGCCAUGCCAGAACCUUGAUCUAAUUCUUCCAGAGCUGCACCUUGGUUAUCCUGGCUGUUUGUUUCGGGUCAUUGUGAUGCUGGAAGACACAGCCUCCACCCAUCUUCAGUGCCCUAACUGAUGGAAGGAGGUUGCUCCCCAAAAUCUGGCAAUACAUGACCCCGGUCAUCCUCUCCUUAAUACAGUGCAGUCACCCUGUCCCAUGUGCAGAAAAACACCCCCAAAGCAUGAUGCUACCACCCCCAUGCUUCACGGUAGGGAUGGUGUUAUGUGGUGGAAUUAUGACCACAUGAUUUUUCCCAUGACUCCUCUGGAUCAUCCAGAUGCUCAUUAACUGCCGAUGAGCCUUAAAAUACGCUGAUUUAAGCAAAGGGACCUUCCAUGCCAUGCAUGAUUUCCAAUCAUGACGUCUUAGUGUGUAACCAUGGAAACAGUGGUCCCAGCUCUUUACAGGUCAUUGACCAGCUCCUCCCAUGUAGUUCUUGGCUGAUUUCUCACCUUUCUAGGGAUCAUUGAGACCUCACCAGGUGAGACCUUCCAUGGAGCCCCAGUCUGAGGGAGAUUGACAGUCAUGUUUAGCUUCUUCCAUCUAAUGAUUGCUCCAACAGUGGAGCUUUUUCCACCAGGCUGCUUUACAAUUGGUCUACAAUUUAGUCUCUAUUGUCUUUAGGCAGCUCUUUGGACCAUGUUAGUGGUUGGAUUCUUAGUGAUUGUAUGGGGUGGACAGGUGUCUUUAUGUAGCUAACGACCUUAAACAGGUGCAUCUAAUUUAGGAUAAUAAAUGGAGUUGGACAUUUUGAAGGCAGACUUACAGGACUUUGAGGGUGAGAAUUCCAGCUGAUAGACAGGUGGUUGAAUACUUAGU